CAGCAUAUAAAGCCACCGGACACACGACCAGUGGAGUCUACACACUUGGCCCACCCCUGUGCGGUGUAACGGUCUACUGUGACAUGGAUACUGCAGGAGGAAAUUGGACUAUCAUCCAGCGCAGAAUGGACGGGUCAGUUCCCUUCAACCGGACCUGGGAGGAGUACAAGCACGGGUUUGGGAACAAGAACGGGGAAUACUGGCUUGGGAACGACAACAUCCACCUCCUGACUACUCAGAAGGACUAUAGACUGCGGGUUGAGCUGAUGGACUGGGAAAAUCAGACACGCUACGCUGAAUACGAUACGUUUAGGGUGGCCGGUGAGUCAGACCAGUACCGGCUGACCGUUUCCGGGUAUUCAGGGCCAGUGGCGAGAGACGGCAUGAAGUACAACAACGGGCAGAAGUUCUCCACUAAGGACAGGGACAAUGAUGCCAGCAGCCUCCACUGUUCUCAGCGGUACGGACAGGGCGGCUGGUGGUGGUUUGGGAGUGGCUGCGGCUACUCCUACCUCAACGGCCGCUACCUGCGCAACUGCGGGAACUCCUGUCCAACCUCUGAAGGUGUGAUGUGGUUCCUAAUGAGAGGCCCUUAUUACUCCCUGAAGUCUGUGUCUAUGAAAAUCAGGCCACGAUAAUCGCAUCUGCUCUACUAAAUCUGAUCACACCCAGUUAUCCACAAAAUCAUCAAUCCUACAUGUCUGUAACGCUGACAAGUAACGCUCUCUAUUGUAGCGGCUUUGUCUGUUACAAACGUACACCAGAAUUAGUCAGUUUGAAUGUAUCAGUGAGGCAGACAUCUUUGUUCAGGUAACUGUAGAAGUGUUCAGAUAUAGUUGUUGUGGAGCAAACUGUUCAAUACGAGUUUUGGAUACAAGUGACGAUACCUGAACUAUAUAGCGAUAAGAAAACUACUGGUGGCUUAUUUUGAUGCUGGGAGCUUCUGAUUUAAUAUAUUAAUGCAUUUUGUGAGGUACUUCUAUUGUAGAAUGGCAGUAACGUGCUAAUGCAACUGUAGUGUUGUAGUCAUGAAUUCCAUACUAUAUAAGAUUGUACAAGUAUAUUAGCCCCAGUCCAUACAUAACCUACUUAUUUUCUUAGUCUUCUACAGAAAGUGAUUGCAUAAUGAGAGCAAAUAUGUUUGAAUGAGUGAGAUAGCGACUGAGCAAAUAUAAGUUAGUGUGAGUUGGUGUAAGCAGGUAAGUGGGCUUUAUCUGAUUUCAUUUGUUGCAGCAACAUCAUAACUUUGUUACAAAACAGAAAUGCAACAAUGAAAAUCUGCAACAAAGCAGACUGUUACAUCUGAAGUCCCACAAUGCUUUUAUUUUGCUUCUCCUUUUGGGCAGGAAUUCUACGGCACUUGCACAACACAACUGCAGUUCGAAAUAACACUUUUUUCAUGGCUACACUUCACUAGAUUAAAAUGCAUUUAGACUGUGGUAUAUCGUACAAUGCAAAAUUCCAUGAUAAUACAGUCUUCGUUUACACUAAUGCAAGUACAUGCAUUUUUCUUGGCAUGAUUAUUUUAACGUAUCUUUGCAUGAAUCAGUGGACAAGUAGACAGCUCCACUAGCUCAAAACAUAAUUUUACAGUCGUUUCCACAAAAUUUAAGAAUCUUAUAAGGUGCACAUAAGAAAAAGAAAGCUGAACCAGCUCCGAAACACAUUUCCACAUCAUGUAAGCACUAAGAAUGCAGCAACUCGAAAACCAAACACUUGGAGACAUAAACAAUACACAACUACUAUUUACUGUUUCCCACAAACAUCAGCAAUGAAGACAAUCCAACCUUUCUAACAGCUAACAAGCCAUGAGUUCUUACACAAAUUAACUAGCGUCCAGUCAAAGCUACCGACCUCAUUAAAAUCAAAUCAAUUAUCUUCGAAAUCAUUACUACCCUUUAUUCCACUGUAAUUAAUAAAUACUCAUUAAUAAAAUAUUUUUCUGUCUUCAUCAGAAGACAUGUUAGCUGCACAUUUCAACGGAAUAGAAAUGUGAAUGCACGCAGCACGGCACAUAAUCCAACCCAAGAAA